AUGAGGCCCUAUGCUGGAAGCCAGCUGCCGCUGCCAAGACCUGUAAUGAUAAUCAACAAACGACUGUCCAGGGCAAGGUUAGUUGAUGAAUGCGCCUUUGGGAUUCUGGCAGCCUGGUGGAGGAUGUAUCGGAGAGUGCUUGGUCUCAGCCCCUCAAAUGUCGAUGCCUGCGUGAAGGCCAGGUGUUCUCCACAACUACCUGCGGAGGGCAUCCCAGGAUCAGCUCCGGAUGGAGAUGGACACGCCAAAUGGUCACCUACCUGAUGUCACCAGGGCAGGUGCCAACAACACCCCCAGACAGGCACUCCAGGUGAGGGAGAAGCUGACCACCUACAGUACUUUGCAUUGCCAGCAGGUGAAGUCCCAUGGCAGCAUGCCGUGG